GUCAUUGCAAUGCUUAAGUUAUAGAUAAUAUGACAAGCUUAAACGAACUUCAACUACGAGCGCAACUGUGCACGAGCAUGAGAGCAAGCUUGAAGGACAGCAACACAAGCACAGGAAAAGUCAAACAGUUUAUCAAACUGAUUUCGCUUAUCGUGCUUUCUUAUACAUAAUAAUCACAGCAAACUGAAAGAGAAUUUGUGAAUUUUCAGACACGGAAAAUAUUGGUUAAUUUAAUAUUAGGUUUCCAGUUUCUCAAAAUGUUGAAACACUCGAAACUUUUUAAAUUUCAAACACUUAUUUGAAAGUAACUAGUUUAAGGUCAUUUUUGUGCAAAGACCAAUUCGUGAGCGUGUCCGUAGAGUUUAUUGGAUAAUAAUUACAUUCCUUCUUUUCGUGUGUUCCACUGUACAUAUAUCUACAUAUUUGUAAAUGAAUUACCACCUAAACUUCGCGUUCAGUGCAAGUCUUGGCAUAUGAUGGCAUUAACGAAGCGAAUAAAAUGUUUUAAAUAUUUAGUUUACAGCUACGUCGUGCUCUUAAUGGUAACUGGUGCUGCCCAAAUCUUGGUUGGUACAAUUCUGUUAUGGGGUCAUUCUGGUUAUUACGGCAUUGUCCAAAAUAGACUAUGGGCGCCAGCUGCAAUACUUUUGUGUUUAGGACCAAUUACAUUUCUUCUUUGCUGGAUGGGAUGCCAAGCUACAAACCAAAGGAAGCGAUGUUUAUUGGGAACGUUCAUAGCAGCGCUCGUGGGAUGCAUUUGCUUUCAAUUCUUCAUAUGUGGCUGGUCGUUGGCAAUGCGUGAAAGCCUUCCAACUUCUGUAGAAAUUUUCAUAGAUGAUUCGUUUGUUGAAUUCCUUGAUAAAUUUUCUAGGACAAAGGUUGACAAUUUGCAUUUAUGGAACCGUAUGCAAUCGCAGCUCCAGUGCUGUGGCGUAGAUGGUCCCCUGGAUUAUCGUCGGCUCUCCCUUCCUUGGUCUUGCUGCUCACGACCAGAACAUGCUUAUGAGUCCGCAUGUGACACUCAUUAUAAACGAGGUUGUUUAUCCGUUGUAUCUGAGCAAAUUAGAAAUCGAUUACUACUAACGUCUUUAGGCUCAGCAACAAUCGCUGUUUUACAGAGUUUGGGCGUAUUUUGUGCAGUUCAUUUAGCAAUUUUAUUUGGAAAAAGUGAAAAUAAUCAUAAUAUUAAUAAUUUAAGCAAAAAACGCCAACAACAGUUUCUUCCUUUAUCGAUUCAAGAUAAACGUCAUGAUAUGCCCUCUCCUCUUAGUCUUUCACCUUCAGCUCCUGGUCAUCGGAUUAUUAAAACUUCAAAGCCACCAACUAUGCCGAAAUGACAGACAAUUAGUUUUUAAAAUGGACAAAUAAUUUAAUUCUUUACAUAUUGUAAAAUGAGAUGGAAUGUAGAUAAUUGUGACCCUCAAACUUUUUAUUUAGUUUC